AUGCGUUUCAACGAGAAGGAAAUGGUGCAUUUGAGCCGACAGUCGUCCGAAAUGGUCGCCGAGCUUGGGAUGCGAGGACCCAAGAAAGGAGAUGUUGUGAAGAAGAGGCUAGUGAAACUCGUUGUUAACUUCCUCUUCUAUUUUAAGACGGAUGAGGAAGAACCUAUUGGAGCUUUGCUUUUGGAGCAGUGUCGGGUGGAGAAGGAGGACAGCCUGACUUUUUCUAUUGCAUUUCUAGAAGAGGCAGAGAGGAAAUAUCUUUUUGAGUGUGAGUCUGAGGAGCAAUGUGGGAAGUGGAUAGACUCCAUCAUCAAGGCUAGCUAUGAAUUCAUGAGGAGAAACCUCAUAUUCUACAGAACUGAGAUCCACAGGCUCACAGGCAAGGAUCCAUUGGAACAGUACGGCAUAUCAGAUGAAACUCGCUUUCAAGUCACUAACGGCCUGCAACAGACAUCCAGAGAUGCCUCCUCUAUGUAG